CCCGGCCCCACACUCUGCAGCGGCGCCUGAACUGCCCCGUCUCUCCAGCUCCAGCCCUCUGCAGGCUGCGCUUGGCGGCGAGGCGCUCGGGAUCCCCCGCCCCCUUCCCGGGCUAUUUGGCCGCCGAGGAGGAGCCGGCUGCCCGCACUGGGGUUGGCUGCCUGGCCGGAGGAGCCGGUGCAGGGAAUUGCCGCCUCGCCAGAGCCCAGAGGACGCGCCCGCCUGCAGGAUCCCCCGGCCCGCGCUCGCAGCAGCCGCCGCGGGGCUUUGCCAUGGCAGAGCUCUGAUGACUAGAAGUCACCCUCUUCAUCUUUGGUGUAGCUGUAAAUAUGACUUGACAUCCUGAUGACUGCAUUCAUGGCUCUUGGAUGAUCUGGUGCACCAUGGAGCUCAAAGUAUGGGUGGAUGGAGUCCAGAGAAUCGUUUGUGGGGUUACUGAAGUCACAACUUGCCAGGAGGUGGUGAUAGCCCUGGCUCAGGCUAUAGGUCGUACCGGAAGAUACACACUAAUAGAAAAAUGGAGAGAUACAGAGAGGCAUUUGGCACCUCAUGAAAAUCCUAUAAUUUCAUUGAACAAAUGGGGACAGUAUGCAAGUGAUGUGCAGUUAAUAUUACGCCGCACAGGACCAUCCCUCAGCGAGAGGCCAACUUCUGACAGUGUUGCUCGAAUACCUGAAAGAACUUUGUACCGACAAAGCUUACCGCCAUUAGCCAAGCUAAGGCCUCAGAAUGACAAAUUAAUAAAAAGGAGGGAGCCAAAAAGGAAGUCUUUGACCUUCACUGGGGGUGCAAAAGGGUUAAUGGACAUUUUUGGGAAAGGUAAAGAAUCUGAGUUCAAGCAAAAGGUGCUCAACUGUAAGACAACAGCCGAAGAGUUGAAAAAACUGAUCCACCUCCAAACUGAGAAGCUUCAGUCCAUUGAGAAGCAGCUGGACUCAAAUGAGGCUGAAAUCCGAUACUGGGAACAGAAAUACAAUUCCAGCCUGGAAGAGGAAAUUAUCAAAUUUGAGCAGAAAAUCAAAAGAAAUGAAGUAGAGAUUGAAGAGGAAGAGUUCUGGGAAAAUGAACUGCAGAUUGAGCAAGAAAAUGAGAAGCAGCUGAAGGAACAACUCGUGGAGAUCGGGCAAAGGAUCCUGGAGUGCGAGAGCAAGUUAAAAGACUAUAUGACUCAAAUCCACAGAAUGGAGAGUGGCCUUGAAGCAGAGAAGUUGCACCGGGAAGUUCAGGAGUCACAGGUGAAUGAAGAAGAGGUCAAAGAGAAGAUUGAGAAGGUAAAAGGUGAAAUUGAUAUUCAGGGCCAACAAAGUCUGAGGCUGGAAAAUGGCAUUAAAGCUGUAGAAAGGUCAUUGGGCCAAGCCACCAAAAGAUUACAGGACCGAGAACAAGAACUGGAGCAGCUAACGAAGGAGCUAAGACAAGUAAAUCUCCAACAAUUUAUCCAGCAAACAGGAACAAAGGUCACAGUGCUACCAGCAGACCCUAUUGAAGUGGAGGCUUCACACGCACAACUUGAAAGAGAGACAACAUUUCAGUCUGGGUCCCUGAAACGCCCAGGUUCGUCAAGGCAGCUCCCCAGUAAUCUUCGAAUUCUGCAGAAUCCACUGUCGUCUGGUUUUAACCCUGAGGGCAUUUAUGUAUAACAAUAUAUACCUCUUCUGAAGGGGACCUAUGAAGGUACCAUGGACAGUAUAAGUUCCUUCCUUUUUUGAUUCUACCAAUGAUGAAUGAAAGAAGCUUUUCCUCUUUAAGCCACCACAUGUUGUGUUUCUUCAUUCUACACCCCACGUGGAGCCAUGCCCCCUGCACUGAUGCAAAAGAACAAAGGAACUGUGUAGCUAUACAGCUGGCAGUGUUGAGGUUGCUGUCCGAUAACUAUUGAUGCAAAAGCCUUCAUUUGUAUUAUUGCUAUUUCAGAAGUAUUUAGAAAAGUAUUAUUCCAUAUAUAGGCAUAAAUAAAACACUGACUGAGCAGAGUGAAGGAACCUGUUUGCAGCUGGUUUAAGGUUUAAUUUAUUCCAUGCAAUCCAUGGAGGUGUGAAUGUUGACCUUUAGAGUGGUUUUUAUUUUAUUAUUUUAAACUUGUGACUAAUUAUAUAAUAUCGUAUUUCUCAGUCUGACCAGAUGACUUUUGUGUAUGUAUAAAUGUCCAGUGUUUCAUCACAUUAACAAUUCACAACCACAGGAGUGUUGUGGGGGUGCUGUAUCUUUAAAAUAGUCUCUAACCACUGAUUUUGUUUGUUACAUUUUGGAUUAUGAUGCAUCAUAUCACAUCCAUUGCUACCUUUUUAGGCUUGAAAGACUUGAAAGUGAGUGUGUGGGACUAGCUUCCUAUUGAUUCUGCCUUGAAUAAAUCAUUAAAAGAUUAUGGAAUUUAAAGCUGGCUUGGUAAGAAUAUUUCCAGCAUAUGAUUGAGGAUGCACUAGUUACACAGUAUUUUAUCAUAUAGAAUGUAUAUUUAAGAUAUUGUGCCACAUUGUGUAUGCCUUUUGAGAAAGGAACAAUAUAAGGGAUCUUCAUUGUAUGUCUUACUAAAAAGGGGUGUGAGGCUUUUCACUGUGUGUGGUUUUUACUCUUUUUUUUCACCAGCCAGGACAGUGUUCUUAUUUUCCUGUCAAUGUUACUAUUCUUAAAAAAAAAAAAAAAAAAAAAAAAAAAAAAGUCCACACACACAUCAUUUAGCAAAAUGAUAUCUAAAAGAGUUGGGGUGAUAUCCUGGUCCCAUUGAAAUUAACAGCAGAAUUCCCUUUGAGUUCACUGGGGCCAGGAUUUCAUUCCUGCUCCCCAAAAUGUUAUGAAACAUGUUUUUCCUUAGAUAUGCAAGACUAUUUCUGUUCAGGGUUUUAUAGAGCAUGUAUUUUACAAGUGAGAGGUAGAAGAUAAACAUUCACAGAUUCACUAGUAAACUUCCAUUUAUUUUUACAAUGUUUUUGAGGUCACCUAGUACAACCAAAAAUAAAACAAGGUUUAGACAAAGUGGCUCCCCAGCAGAAUGUAAGAGUAAACACGUACAGGUACAUCACUUCCAAAUAAAGUGCGGUUAUGAUGCUAGGCCCUGGUCCUGCACUUGGAUCAAUGCAGUAGACUCCUGAGUCUGUGCUGAACACCACUGGCAUCAGUGGGACUGCUUCAUGAUGACCUGAGGGUCCAACUGCAUGGAUCUGAUUACAGAAUCUGGGCCUUAUGUAUUGCAUUUGGACUGUCUAUUAUAACAGUACCAGAUAUUGGCAUCGCAUGCCUGCAGAUCCCUUUGACUUCAGUGGGAGCCAUGCCUGUGCAUCCAGUGCAGAAUUUAGCCCUUGGGGUUCCCAGAAAUCAAAAUCUUGAGGGAGAAUCCUGAUUCCAUUGAAGUUAAUGGCAGAACUUCUUUUGACUUUAGUGGGAUCAGGAUUUCAUCCCUGGUGAGUAAAAACCCAAGCUUUAAUUACUGAAGAAUAAUACUUCAGAAAUCUUAUUUUUAAAAUAUAGAUGUUCCUGCUUGGAUUUACUUGUGCCCAGAUAAAUACUAAAUUAAUUUUCUUGUUUUAAAAGGGACCAUGAAUUUCCACAUCAGAACUGUAACUCAAAGUUUGAAGGAUACAGCGUGAGAUGAAAGAAUCACCAUUAAAUGAAUUUUUUCGUUUCUUUUUAUUAAUAGCACCAUAAAUACUAAAAAUGCUGCUGUAUUUAGACUAACAGCAACUUCAAAUGAGGCUGUGAAAAUAUAAAGGAUCUUUCAAAACAGACUCAGUUCAGAAACAAAAAUUCAUUAUCUACGUCUCUUUACUUGUGAACAACCUGGUAAAUGUGCUGCUCUAGCCUAAAGAAUCUUUCCCACACGCAGUUAUUGGUGAGUCUGUGCUCAUGUAUGUUUGUGCCCAUAACCUUUUUCUUAUAUAGAAAUGUAUUUGAUAAUUAAUAAAAGACAAAUAAUUUGGAGAUUAUACUGUGUUCAAGGGGCAUAUACCUUACUUUCCAGGUCCAAUUUUGCCAAACAAGUGGCCCAAUCUGGCAGGAUACUUAAUAUCCUCAACUCCCUUAGAAGUCAAUAGGAGUUGAGGCAGUUGGCGCUUUUGCAAUAUGAGGCCCAAAUUGCAUUGCAUAGCAAAGAUCCUAUGUCACUUAAUCACAAAGAAAAGUUUAAUCAAAUCUUUGCUGCAUACUGAUAUAAAGGAUUGUUAAAGCAGAUAAAUGUAUUUAUCCUGAAAUAUUCCGUUAUGCAGUAAGGGUCUGAUCCAACUCCCAUUGAGCUCUGUGAGUGCUAAGAUCAUAAGAAUUAUGUGUCGUCUUGUGCUUUAAGGGUGGAGGGGUGAGAAAACUCAGGGUUUUGGAUGACUCAAGAUGUUGUUCCAGUAAUGAAAUUUGGAGCCUUUCCCCUUAAUUUAGUGGCUUAAAUUUAGCAUAGAUUGGUGGUGACUGCUGUUUGGCAGAGAGGUCAAACACUAAGGUGGGUUUGGAGACUACCAUCCCAUCUUUUACUCUCUCCAGGUUAAAGCUGAAGAACAUCAUG